AUGAGUUUUGACAACAAUUUGUUUGAUUACGUGAUCGAAGAGCACAAGACUAAUGACACGGCUUUAGAGCACGAUUGGGGCAAAAGAGAAAGACAUGACAGAGACUUCUUGUAUAAAGAAUUUAAAGACAAAACCAAAAGUCUGGACAAUAUAAUCGAGUGGAGAAAUACAAUAAAAGCAGAUUUUCAACAAAAUCUUCAAAAACUACCCGAAAGUGUAAAGAAAAUAUUCAUUGAAAGAGCAGACAAUGUUUCAAAGACUGUAUGGGAACCGCUGUUGGCGAUGGAAUUCUUGGAGUUUAAAAUCGAUGGCAAUCGUAAUCAUUACGAGGAUAAAGACUUCAAACGCCGCAAUAAACUCAUGGAUUUGGUUUUGGGAGAGUUGUUAAGCGAUGAUUCAAAAUAUAUGAACCAAAUAGCAAAUGGUUUGUGGCUUAUACUGGAGGAGAGCACCUGGACGUGGCCGGCACACCUGUCCAUGCAAAAGGCCGGUGAAGGUAUGCCCGACCCCUCACAGUGGGUCAUAGAUCUCGGGGCUGGCGAGUCAUCCGCUUACGUGGCCUGGAUUAGAUUGCUUCUUGGCGAUAAACUCACAAAACUCUCGCCAAUGUUUGUAAAGCGUAUGGACUAUGAGUUGGACAGACGUAUUGUCGAGACAUUUAUGAACAAUGACUUCAAGAAUUGGAUGGGUUUUGAGGGCCAGAAAAUNGGCCAGAAAGUGAACAAUUGGAACAUUUGGAUCAAUACUAAUAUAUUGAUGACUAGUCUUCUCACUGUAAACGACACCAAAAGACUAGAUGUCAUCAAAAGAGCGGUCAUGAGUGCAGAUAAUUGGUUGGACUGGUAUGGAGAGGACGGUGGGUGUGAUGAGGGACCGGGUUAUUGGUACGAAGCCGCCGGACGUUUCAUACAAUUCUUGUAUUUCUUAUCGUCUGCGAGUGGACACCAAAUGGACUGGUCGUCCAAACCUAUAGUCAAGAGUAUCGGUGAUUACAUCUAUAAGAUGCACAUCAAUGCAGACUAUUUCGUAAACUUUGCCGACGCACAUGCCAAAACUGUCCCUGAUCCCUCUUUGGUCUAUCAUUACGGAGAACUAUUCAAUAACACAGUUAUGAAACAAUUCGGAUCUUAUUUGAUUGCUUUGUUGGGAAACGAAAAGUUUUUAUUAGGAGAUGAAAGUCGGACUGAUGUUCGUUUGCAUCAGUUUUAUAUGGAAAUGAUUGCCUAUAACUCUCUUAAGUCAGAAGUGCCUAAAGCUCCUCAACCUCUCGAGUCGUGGUUUCCUGACCUCCAAGUGAUUACAUUGCGAUCAGAAGAGGGUUCAGCUAAAGGAUUAUUCUUAGGAGCGAAGGCUGGAACUAAUGAUGAGAGCCAUAACCACAACGACGUCGGAAACUUUGUGCUCUAUGUCAACGGAUUACCCGCUUUAAUAGAUAUAGGAGUGGGAACUUAUACUAAGGACACCUUCGGUCCCCAUCGCUAUGACAUAUGGACGAUGCAAUCCCAAUGGCAUAACACCCCAACCAUUAAUGGCGUUCAGCAAAAGGCCGGCGCCCAAUAUGUGGCCAGAAAUGUGACCUAUAAUAAGACAAGUGCCGAGUUUGAGGCCGAUAUAGCCGGCGCUUACCCUAAAGAAGCGCAGGUUAAGAGUUGGGUCAGAAAAUUAACUUUAGAUAGGAAAGCAAAUACUGUUACAAUGGGUGAGAAUUAUAGUCUGGAUAAGUUUGUGGAGCCAUUUAAAGUACAUUUCAUGACUAUAUUAAACAAAUCAAGUGAUGACCAGAAGAAUGGAGAUCUGGUUCUCGAGGAUAAGAGCGUGAAGUUAACG